AUGGCCGGAUCUGCGGGUGCGGCAGCAGGGUGCGCCUGGGCGGCUCCAGGCGACGACGCAUCGGGCGGCGGCGUCAAGGGCCUCUUGGCCGGUGGGUUUCGCGUUCUGGUGCGGCCAAGGUCGGUCGGCAGCGACCAUCACACACCGGAUCCCGUCCACAUUGCACCGGAUCCGUGUCCCCUGGCUCAAAUCCGGCGGCCCCCGCCCCUGACUCGGCUCCGCCCGCCGGCGUGCACGCUGGUGGGGCCAGGUGGCGCGGCGGCUGGUGCUGGCGAGCGGCGCUGCUGCGGCCACGGCCUGCGGCGCGUGCGCCUCCCCCGGAGACUGCUGUUGGAGCCGCCGUUGGGUGGUUCCCGCGUCUACCGCCGGACGAGCAGCAAAGGCUCCGUCGGUCUUCUCCGGCUGCGUCAACACUCCUCCGACUCCGGUGCUCGUAGGGUGGGGUGUUUGGCAGUGCGGGGCGGACGGAGAUGA